UGUUUGAAUGCUACAUGUAAUUACCACAUGUCCGUUUAUUUAUUUUCCCGUUUCGGGUCCAGUUUUAGCUGAGAGGAAGAAAAGGUCGCUCGGACGCUGUAACACCGGGGCUGUUGGUGAAACUGGAGAGAGCUUUUCACAGAAAGCAGAAGCAGGCGCUGUCACUCAGACCCAGGCGACGCCGUCAGUUGCUGAAACCGAGGCUCAGGCAGCAGCAGGCCUCGGAGCGCAGCGCCAUGAUGGAGGGAGGCAUGCAAUUGCUGAAUCGUGAUGGCCACAGCAUCUCGCACAACUCCAAACGCCACUACCACGACUCCUUCGUGUCCAUGAACAGGAUGCGGCAACGUGGCCUGCUCUGCGACAUUGUGCUGCACGUAGCCAACAAGGAGAUCAAGGCCCACAAAGUGGUGCUGGCGUCCUGUAGCCCUUACUUCCAUGCCAUGUUUACGAAUGAGAUGUCGGAGAGCCGGCAGACCCACGUGACGCUGCAUGACAUUGAUCCACAGGCGCUGGAGCAGUUGGUGCAGUAUGCCUACACUGCUGAGAUAGUAGUGGGGGAAGGCAAUGUGCAGACGCUGCUCCCGGCGGCCAGCCUCCUGCAGCUGAACGGGGUGAGAGACGCCUGCUGCAAGUUCCUGCUCAGUCAGCUAGACCCCUCUAACUGCCUGGGCAUCCGUGGCUUUGCUGACACACACUCCUGCAGCGACCUGCUCAAGUCUGCCCACAAAUAUGUCCUGCAGCACUUUGUGGAGGUCUCCAAGACCGAGGAGUUCAUGCUGCUGCCACUCAAACAGGUGCUGGAUCUUAUCUCUAGUGACAAUUUGAAUGUUCCAUCAGAGGAGGAAGUGUACAGGGCCGUAUUGAGCUGGGUCAAACACGAUAUUGAUGGGCGGAGACAGCAUGUACCCAGACUGAUGAAGUGUGUGCGUCUGCCGUUGCUGACGCGGGACUUCCUGAUGAGUAACGUGGACACGGAGCUGCUGGUGCGCCACCACUCGGAGUGUAAAGAUCUGCUGAUAGAGGCGCUGAAGUAUCACCUGAUGCCCGAGCAAAGGGGUGUGCUGAGUAAUUGUCGCACUCGGCCCCGUCGCUGUGAGGGUGCCAGUCCUGUGCUGUUUGCUGUGGGUGGUGGCAGUCUCUUUGCUAUACAUGGAGACUGUGAGGCCUACGACACCAGGACAGACCGCUGGCACAUGGUGGCAUCUAUGUCUACACGACGAGCCCGAGUCGGAGUUGCUGCUAUUGGGAAUAAGUUGUAUGCUGUGGGCGGGUAUGAUGGCACAUCUGACUUGGCCACUGUUGAGUCAUAUGAUCCUGUGACCAAUGGUUGGCAGCCAGAAGUGUCUAUGGGAACCAGGAGGAGCUGUCUGGGUGUGGCAGUGCUUCAUGGUCUGCUCUAUGCAGCUGGAGGCUAUGAUGGUGCCUCCUGUCUUAACAGUGCAGAAAGGUAUGACCCAUUAACUGGCACCUGGACCUCCAUUGCUGCCAUGAGCACCAGGAGAAGAUAUGUGAGAGUGGCUACACUGGAUGGCAGUCUGUAUGCAGUUGGUGGAUACGAUAGCUCCUCACACCUAGCCACAGUAGAGAAAUAUGAUCCACAGAGUAAUGCAUGGACUGCCAUAGCCAACAUGCUAAGCCGCAGGAGCAGUGCUGGCGUUGCAGUAUUGGAGGGAAUGCUCUAUGUUGCUGGAGGAAAUGACGGAACCAGCUGCCUGAAUUCAGUGGAGCGGUACAACCCCAAAACCAACACAUGGGAAGGCGUGGCACCAAUGAACAUCCGCAGGAGUACUCAUGACCUGGUGGCCAUGGACGGCUGGCUCUAUGCUGUGGGUGGAAACGAUGGCAGCUCCAGCCUGAACUCCAUCGAGAAGUACAAUCCACGCAGCAACAAAUGGGUGGCAGCGUCGUGCAUGUUCACACGCCGCAGCAGUGUCGGAGUGGCCGUUCUGGAGCUGCUCAACUUCCCUCCACCCUCCUCGCCCACGCUCUCCGUCUCCUCCACCAGUCUUUGACAAAGGGUGAAGACCCGGCUGAGCUCCAGCGGCCUGCCCUGCGUGGCCAAGAGGCGCAACUGCUCAGUGUGAGCUCUGGUGGGAGAGACGCAGUCCAUGGACCAUAGCACAGAUGAAGAGAGGUAAAACAGGUUGAGUAAAAUAUGAAAAGCGAAGCCGUCACAACUUCUGCCCUCCCUCCUCACCCUGCACCUUCCUUCCGCCCCAAUGCUUGAAAGUGCGGAGUCCGUCUGCCAUUUUGAAGUCACUUGUAUAUAAUGUAUCUUUGUUUUUGAAAAGAAAAAAAGAUCAUGAUAUUGCAAUAAUAUAUAAAAAUGAAAGAUUUCACGUAGGAAUGUAGUUCUUUGGUUCUGCCAUGCAUGUUUACUGAAUUUUUGUCUUGGCAGAAUAAAACAUGGUAGUGCUGCUGUGCCACACUAGGUGGCAGUGAUGUGCAAUGCUGCCACAUUUCACCAUUGUGCAUGGAUGCACAGAAGCAGAGAGACUUCAUACAGUACUGAUAUUAACAAUGAUCGAAACAUACUCGACCAGAGAAUUCAAGUACAUUUUGAAUAUAUUUUCUUAUUUAUAUAAUUUAUUUAUUAUACUAAAUGUAAUAUAUAAGCAUAUGACACUAAUUCAGAGAUGUUUUAUGUCGAAGGACCAAUUUUGGGGGGGAACGAGAUGUCUGAUAUGUAAAUAUCAGAGAUGGCAGAAGAUGCGAUUAGCUGAAAAUGUCAGGGUUUUUUUUUUUUUUUCAGUGUAGUAAAAAUAUUGAGUGUAUAGCCAUGUGUCCGAAGCCUUGAGAAGAUAUUGUAUGACUCUGUAGUCAUACAAUAACAAAAGGGGGAUGUUGUAGUCGGAGGCUGCGCGAUUAAAGGGUAUAGCCAUACUAAAAGUCUAUGUGACCUACCGUACAGCAACCUCACAUUACCUCACGUUAAUUUUCAUGCAGUGUUCGCAGGUUUGUCUCGAGAAAGCAGAACCCUGCGUUCAGUGAUUGAGUCUAGUCUCUCAGCACAAACAUGACUCCUGUAUCAGCGUGACGAUUAUAGAUACUUUAUCCUGUUUCCUUCACUCGUGUAGGAUUCGCUCAUGUGUAUAUACUGCAUUUCAGAACAUUCGCUGCUUUUGCACCACAGGGUUAAGUCUGGUUAGCAUGUGCUGCUGAGAUGUCAUGGGUAUUAGCAACUACCACUGCAUCCUACUUUAGAGGAGAACACGGACAUGUAUGAAGUCGGAUAGCGAAGACGCAGGAUUACAAAACCCUUACUCAUCGUUGCAUACACUUUUCCUGAAAAAAAAAUGUAGCAUAACUUCUGAGAAGUUACAACCUUUUUUUCCUUUUUGGAAGGAUUUUUGUUCUUGGGGGGGAAAAAACCCCACCCAUGCUAGGUCAGAAGAAGCUUAUAUGCAGGGAAUGAGUGCUAAGUCAGUUUAUAGAGGCUCCUGGUCAAACCAGAAAAAAAGACUAUGUACAUAAAUAGAUAUCCAUAUUGAAAUGUGCAAUGUGUAUGUAAACAUGGCUUUUUUUUUCAAUUUAUGUUGUUUUAAUGUGUUGUGGUUGUUUGUUUAUUUAUAACAUUUGUUAUAUUUAUGAAG